AUGGUUUUGGGUCGAUUGAAGAACAAGAUCUCGUUGUCGUCUUCGAAAGCUGAUAGCUCUGAGGAGUUGGCCAACGCCGGUGAUGUGGAUGAAAUAGAUACUGAGAACCAAUCAAUAUUGAUGGGGAUUAUUUCUCAGUUAAGGCCAGGCUGCGACUUAACAAGAAUAACUUUGCCAACGUUCAUUUUAGAGAAAAAGUCUAUGCUAGAGAGAAUUACAAAUGCAUUCUUCACCCCUCAUAUAUUGCUUGAAGCAAAUGGAACUGCAGAUGACGUCCAACGUUUCUUGUUGAUGGUCAAGUGGUACUUAUCUUGCUGGCAUAUCGCCCCCAAAGCUGUCAAAAAGCCAUUGAACCCAGUUUUAGGUGAAGUUUUUAGCUGUUAUUGGAGUGAAUUGCCUGAUGGAACAUCGGGCUAUUAUCUUGCCGAACAAACAUCGCAUCACCCUCCAGAAUCCUCCUAUUUCUACUUGAUUCCUGAAAAGCGAAUUAGAGCUGAUGGCGUAAUCAUUCCAAGGUCCAAGUUUUUAGGAAACUCUUCUGCGGCUAUGAUGGAGGGCGUUGCAUACGUUACACUUGGUGAACACGACGAGGUCUACUCUUUAACUCAACCAAAUAUCUAUUGUCGGGGAAUUUUAUUUGGCAAAUUGAGGUACGAAUUGGGUGACCAUAUGCUUAUUAAGUGCGAAAAAACUGGCUUACAGGCUGAUAUUGAAUUUAAGACUAAGGGCUUCAUUAGUGGUGCUUAUGAUGCCAUUGAGGGUACUGUUCUGAGGACUGCAGAUUCGAAAACAUUGUACACCAUUUCAGGUAAGUGGAAUGAGGUAAUGUACAUCGAGAAUUCUUCGGGAGAGAAAAGUGUAUUUUAUGAUACUACGAAUGCUGUCACCCACAAGCCGGAAGUUAAACCCUUUGAACACCAACUUCCCAACGAGUCGAGAAAGUUAUGGCAUAAGACCCUUGUUGCGUUGGACCAAAGAGAUCACAAGUCUGCAACAGAUGAAAAGUUCAAAGUGGAAGAGGAACAGCGCUUGAAAGCUAAAAAGAGACACGAAGAAGGACAACACUUCACACCUGCUCUUUUCAAAAAGAACAAAGGGUCGAGCGAUCUUCCAUUUAUCGUUGAUAUAGACAUCGACGUAAAGGCUGACCUGCCUGAAGUCAUGGUUGAAAAGUUGUUGAAUCAUUGCCAGAUCCUCCCAUCGGACACAGGUUAG